AUGAGUUACUACUACCAGAACGUCCCGCCUGCCACAUUCAUCUGCUCCGUCCCUGCACCUGAUGGUUGCACGAAUUAUUACUGGACCCACUGGUAUCCAAUACAGCCAGCAUUCCCCGGCUUCGCUCCUGCACCAAGCCCAAAUGUAUCUGAGACCCCCGCGCAGGGUCCACCUGCUGCGGCUGUUCCAGAACCGAGCCACCAGCUACAGCACCACAGGACUGCCUCCACAAGGGAACGGAAUAUUAUUCGGAUCCGAGAUCCCAACCAGGAAGGUAAGGAUGUCACCGAAGAGAUCUUGGCUGAAGCCAGGCGCCUCUCUACUCUCACUCCUCCCCAGACAAGAGGUCCGGAGGCUAACCCGGAGACUCCCCAGCUUGCUGCCAUAGUUAGCCCAGACGAGGGACUUCAGGGAGCUACAGGUGGGGACCCACCAGGGGUUGACCGAGAGCACAGCGCCUCAGACUCUCCUUCCCAGACGUCCUCCCCUUCGCAAGCCGCUUUACCCGAGCCUGAGCAAAGCUGUUCAGUCCUGUCCAUUACUGAGGCCCCGGUGACAGCCACCGAGCUAAUACAGAGGGCACUUAAGGAGCCUGCCCACCCCAUUGCCCAGGAAGCCCCGGAGCUGCCUUGCCCUGAAGUGACAGAAGUGACCAGUCCUGCAUCAGCCCCUGAGCCUGACCCUGCCCAGGCUUUCAGCCUCCUCCAGCCUCCAAACACUGAUGUUUUUCCGGAGCCCAAAGGUGAGACCCCUAAGGAGGAGCCAGAGACCCAACUAGAGUUGGGCCAGGCUGCAGCACAUCCAGUGGCGCCACUCUCACCAGAUUGUCCCCAAGAAUUCAAACUAGAAGUUCCCACUGCCCAGGGACCAAACGGGGUCCCGCUUCCCCAGGCCAUGCACCUGAAUCCUAUUUUGGAGUUUGACGAGGUCCGGGCAUCUAAUAGUUUUGAGAAACCAGCCACCCAAAAGAAGGAAACAUCUGGGCCAAAGAAGAGUUCGAGAAACAAGAAAACAAAGACCAAGGCGGCAAACAAGGCUAAACAGUCUCGGGCAGAGACUACCCCAGCUCCAGGACAGCAAUGCCUCCCUCCUCGCCCUGAGAACUCUAAUACCCCAGGAAGCCCUGUGUGCCCUUCGAGUCCCGCGAAACCCGGCAUCCUGGAGCGCCCUUCCAGCCAUGCUAAAUGCCCUUCGAGUCCCGCGAAACCUGGCAGCCCUGAGCGACCUUCCAGCCCCCCCGCGAAACCUGGCAGCCCUGAGCGACCUUCCAGCCCCGUGAAAGGCCCCUCGAGUCCCGCGAAACCUGGCAGCCCUGAGCGACCUUCCAGCCCCGCGAAACCUGGCAGCCCUGAGCGACCUUCCAGCCCCGCGAAACUCCCUUCGAGUCCCGCGAAACCUGGCAGCCCUGAGCGACCUUCCAGCCCCGCGAAACCUGGCAGCCCUGAGCGACCUUCCAGCCCCGUGAAAGGCCCCUCGAGUCCCGCGAAACCUGGCAGUCCUGAGCGACCUUCCAGCCCCGCGAAAUGCCCCUCGAGUCCCGCGAAACCUGGCAACCCUGAGCGACCUUCCAGCCCCGCGAAACUCCCUUCGAGUCCCGCGAAACCUGGCAGCCCUGAGCGACCUUCCAGCCCCGUGAAAUGCCCCUCGAGUCCCGCGAAACCUGGCAGCCCUGAGCGACCUUCCAGUCCCGCGAAACUCCCUUCGAGUCCCGCGAAACCUGGCAGCCCUGAGCGACCUUCCAGCCCCGUGAAAUACCCCUCGAGUCCCGCGAAACCUGGCAGCCCUGAGCGACCUUCCAGUCCCGCGAAACUCCCUUCGAGUCCCGCGAAACCUGGCAGCCCUGAGCGACCUUCCAGCCCCGCGAAACCUGGCAGCCCUGAGCGACCUUCCAGCCCCGUGAAAGGCCCUUCGAGUCCCGCGAAACCUGGCAGCCCUGAGCGACCUUCCAGCCCCGUGAAAGGCCCUUCGAGUCCCGCGAAACCUGGCAGCCCUGAGCGACCUUCCAGCCCCGUGAAAUGCCCCUCGAGUCCCGCGAAACCUGGCAGUCCUGAGCGACCUUCCAGCCCCGUGAAAUGCCCCUCGAGUCCCGCGAAACCUGGCAACCCUGAGCGACCUUCCAGCCCCGUGAAAUGCCCCUCGAGUCCCGCGAAACCUGGCAGCCCUGAGCGACCUUCCAGUCCCGCGAAACUCCCUUCGAGUCCCGCGAAACCUGGCAGCCCUGAGCGACCUUCCAGCCCCGUGAAAUGCCCCUCGAGUCCCGCGAAACCUGGCAGCCCUGAGCGACCUUCCAGUCCCGCGAAACUCCCUUCGAGUCCCGCGAAACCUGGCAGCCCUGAGCGACCUUCCAGCCCCGCGAAACCUGGCAGCCCUGAGCGACCUUCCAGCCCCGUGAAAUGCCCCUCGAGUCCCGCGAAACCUGGCAGCCCUGAGCGACCUUCCAGCCCCGUGAAAUGCCCCUCGAGUCCCGCGAAACCUGGCAGCCCUGAGCGACCUUCCAGUCCCGCGAAACCUGGCAUCCCUGAGCGACCUUCCAGUCCCGCGAAACGUGGCAGCCCUGAGCGACCUUCCAGUCCCGCGAAACGUGGCAGCCCUGAGCGACCUUCCAGUCCCGCGAAACGUGGCAGCCCUGAGCGACCUUCCAGCUCCGCAAAACCUGGCAGCCCUGAGCGACCUUCCAGCUCCGCAAAACCUGGCAGCCCUGAGCGACCUUCCAGCUCCGCAAAACCUGGCAGCCCUGAGCGACCUUCCAGCCCCGCGAAACCUGGCAGCCCUGAGCGACCUUCCAGCCCCGUGAAAUGCCCCUCGAGUCCCGCGAAACCUGGCAGCCCUGAGCGACCUUCCAGCCCCGUGAAAGGCCCUUCGAGUCCCGCGAAACCUGGCAGCCUUGAGCGCCCUUCCAGCCCCGCGAAACUUGGAAGCCCGAAGCCUGAAAAAACAGAGGAAAAGGAAAACAACCUGUCUGAUGGACAGAAGCCUUUCAAUACCAGGGAGAGGAAGCGGUAUGAGCGGGUGUUCCUGCUUGGAUUACGGUUCCUUUCUGUCAGUCUUCGGAAGCCCGAGGGCCUACCUCAAAUCAAGGACGUGGUGCUGGAGGAGGCAAACCAAAGGCCUCUGAGGCCGCUAGACCCGGCCGGCCUAACUAGCAUGGACUGUGGUCUUGAUUUCACCCCGUCUUUUGUCAAGCUGGAUGGGCCCAAAUUCAACAAUGGAGGCCCCUUUAGGGGACGUCCCGGCCAGGGGCCAUCGGCAGGCUUUGGGCCCUGGCGCUCCCAACCUGCUCUUCAGAAGGAACAGCGGAAGAUUUUCGCCCCAGUCUUGCUCAGUGAGGCUGUAAAACUUAAUAGAGCCGAGAAAGCCUGGAAGCCCAGUAGCAAGUGUGACCGAGUUGGAGAUACUGAGGACCUGUUUCGAAGGGUGCGCUCUAUUCUAAACAAGCUGACUCCCGAAAUGUUUCAGCAGCUGCUGAAGCAAGUCCAGCAGCUGGCCAUAGACACAGAGGAGCGCCUCAAAGGGGUCAUCGACCUCAUCUUCGAGAAGGCCAUCUCGGAGCCCAACUUUGCUGUGUCCUAUGCCAACAUGUGCCACUGCCUCAUGGGACUGAAGGUGCCCAGGACAGACAAGCCCGAGGUCACCAUCAAUUUCAGGAAGCUCCUGCUAACCAGAUGCCAGAAGGAGUUUGAGAAAGAUAAAAACGACAAUAAAGAGUUUGAAAAAAAGCAGAAAGAGAUGAAUGAGGCGGCUAUGGCAGAGGAAAGAAGCCGCCUAAAAGAGGAGCUAGAAGAGGCCCAAGGAAAAGCCAGGAGACGCUCCCUGGGCAACAUGAAAUUCAUUGGAGAACUGUUUAAGCUGAAGAUGCUGACCGAGGCCAUCAUGCACGACUGCGUGGCCAAGUUAUUGAAGAACCCCGAUGAGGAGUCCCUGGAGUGCCUCUGCGGUCUGCUUACCACCGUUGGCAAAAGCCUUGACUUGGGGAAGUCCAAGGCCCUCGUGGAUGAAUACUUCAAGAAAAUGAAAAAGAUUAUAAAAGAGAAGAAAACUUCGUCCAGAAUCCGCUUUAUGUUGCAGGAUGUGCAGGAUCUCCGCAGAAGCAGCUGGGUGCCCCGCCGGGGAGACCAAGGUCCCAAGACCAUCGGCCAGAUUCACCAGGAGGCUGAGAGGGAGCAACAUGAGGAACAGAUCAAAGUCCAGCAGCUUAUGGCUAUGGGUGGGAACAAGUGCCAGGGCCCUCCGCGGUCUCCCUCACGAAGCCGAAAGGGUUUGAUUCCGGAUGAGGAAGGCUGGAAUACGGUCCCUAUCAGCAAAGGUAACGCACUCAGACCCAUUGAUGUCUCCCGGAUCGCCAAAAUCACUAAGCCCGGAUCCUCGGACUCGGACAACCUACUCUUCGUUCCUGGAGGUCGCCUGAGCUGGGGCAAGGGUAGCAGUGGGAGCAAGGGAGCCAAGAGCCCCGAGACAGCCGGACCCUCCACCGGCAUCUCGAACCGUUUCUCAGCCCUUGAACAUUUAGCUUCGUCAAAGAGCACAGACCAGACGACUGAGAAGGUGCAAAAGGGGAGUGUGAGCUGGAAAUGCAGCGAGAAAGGUGGGGAUCGAGGAAGUGGCCUGGAGCAUAGUCAGUCGAGAGAAGAGCUUGGGGGCCCGGCUCAAGCCGUCAGCCAGAAGGCCGAGAAGGGAAGUCUAGAGCGACUUCUCCAACCAGAGGGUCUCCGCAGGGCAGCCGACCUGACCGAGGAUAGGGACAGCAGUCAGAACGCAGUGAAACAGGAGAAAGUGGACACAGCCAGCCCUUCCAAGGCCGCACUGUCUGAAGAAGACCUAGCGAAGAAGUCGAAGGCUAUCAUUGAGGAGUUCCUGCAUCUCAGCGACGUGAAAGAAGCUGUCCAGUGUGUGCAGGAACUGGCCUCCCCGUCACUGCUCUUCAUUUUUGUUCGGGAAGGUAUCGAAGCGACCCUGGAGCGCAGCACCGAGGCCCGCGAACAUAUGGGCCAACUGUUGCACCAGCUCCUCUCUGGUCACCUCACUACCCUCCAGUACUAUCGAGGGCUCCGCGAGAUCCUGGAAGUGGCCGAAGACAUGGAGAUCGAUAUCCCCCACGUGUGGCUGUACUUGGCAGAACUGGUGACACCCAUCCUUCGGGAAAGUAAGGUGCCCAUGGGGGAGUUUUUCAGGGAGAUCUCAAAGCCGCUGAAACCCUUAGGCAAAGCGUCUUCCUUGCUGCUGGAGAUCUUGGGACUCCUGUGCAAAAGUGUGGGUCGUGAAAAGGUCGGGGAGCUGUGGCAAGAGGCUGGCCUCAGCUGGAAGGAAUUCCUACCUGAGGACCAGGACGUCCAAGCCUUCGUCAUUGAGCAGAAAGUGGAAUACACACUGGGAGAGGAGACCGGGCCUGGCAGCCAGCGGGAGCUGUCCCCUGAGGAGCUCAGCCAGCAGCUGAAGGAGCUGCUUCAAGAGAGCCCCAGCAACCAGCGACUCAGUGACUGGGUCGAGUCCAAGCUGAGCGAGCAGCAGAUGGCUCCAGAUACUUUGGUGUGUGCGCUCACCACAGCCGUCUGCUCUUCCGCCAUCAUUUUCGAGUCCCCGCUGCGGCUGGAUGCGGCCUUGCUGAAACCUCGCUCGAAGCUUCUGCAGAAAUACUUAAGCGACGAAAAGAAGGAGGUGCAGGCUCUCUCCGCCCUCCAGACCCUUGUGGAGACCCUGGAGCCCUCAGCCAACCUACUAAGCGCGUUCUUCCACGUUCUCUACGAUGAGCAAGUGGUCAAAGAGGAAGCCUUCUACAGCUGGAAGAGCAAGCAGGAUCCAACUGAACAACUGGACAAGGAAGCUGCCCUCACGUCUGUCACCGCCUUCUUCAACUCCCUACGUGAGGCCAGGGACCAACUGGAGCAUCAGUGAGGAUAGGGACGGCUAU